CUUACAUCCAUCGAUUUCAAAGUCCAAACAAUGCAGUACGGUUUCAAUUUAGUUUCUGUCGGAAAGAGGAACGUCCUGUGCCCGGUCUGAGCUACUUUGGUUACACAACGCAUUUCUGACGGGUGAAAUUUCCGAAAAGCGUCCUUUUUCUACAAGGUAGGGAAAGAGGUGUUGAUCUACUUGGCUAAAGAAGUUCUACUCUUUUCAAACUUAUUAUCAGAGUCUAAUUUGAACAUGUACCGAAGAUCUAAUAUAACCUUUGAUGCAUGUGAGUAAAAUCAUACAGUGCCGAGACUAUAAUGAAGAGAAAAUGAAGAAGUUCUACUUUAAUCACUUUUAAUUUGCGUUGCCACAAUUUUCCAACAGAAAGUAUAGUUUUCCAACUUUUUUUCUUAAUCUCUUUAAAAACAGACGAAUUUUGGAGUCCUUUGAAGGUAGUAAUCAUACAUGGUUAUUGAGGUGUACAGGGUAGUUUUAACUAUUACUUCUGGGGGCAGAGGGUGAAAUGUUUCAAGAGACAAAUCAAAUAAUGAUAAGCUACAGAACAGCUAGUGUGAUUUUUCAAGGACCAAAGAGUUAUAAGGAACUUUUCGAGUAAUCUUUGAGUUAAGGGAUGAAAAAGAGAGGAUGAAAGAUAGAAGAAGAAAAUUUUCAAGCAGACCUUUCUUGUGGAAGGUGGUCAUAACUUUUGAGUCUACGUAGAAAAUCGUUAGUGUGGCCAUUCAAAAGAAAGCAACUGGGCAGUACUACGGCUUUCCUGUGGUUCUCAGUGUUUAUUAUGCUGUACAAGGUGGUUCUAGGUUUUGUGUCUGUAAAUGAAAUCCAAUAAGCUUUACCAUUCAAAAGACAGCUUUUGACAAAUGUUCCUGCAGCACUAUUUAUUACGCAAUACAAGGUCAGCGGAGUCUGUAAAGUAACCAUUCAAAUAUAAACUACCUAGAAGCAGCACUUAUCUGAAGUGCUGCUGUAAAGGUCCGUAUUUCAUUCAUGAAGAUGAAAUACUGAAGUGCUCGGACUGUUCGACUUAAACCUCGUUUAUUAAGCACAGAUUUUUAAUGUAACAUUUUACCGAUUCGUUACUGCAUGCUCAAUAAAAGUAACUAAGUAACACACCCACUCAGGAACAUUAUACGAUCUGUAAAAACCGAUAAAAUAGUCGCCAGCGAAUUGAAGAUUUUGUGCCCUAACUAAGCAAUUCAGACAGAGAUGUAACAAUAUGCUACAAACAUCCGCUAACUCUAUAGUCUUGAAACUAAUGUGUCGGUUAGUGAGUAAUCAGAUACUAUAUCGAAGAUAAUUUCAUUUAAUGCAGACAUCAAUAGUAUUAAACAUAAACCGUGAUUAUGAAAUGGCACAAAUCUGGGUUAACCAGGGGCCGAUUACCCGGGCUCAUGAACGCCAAUUGCUCUAUCGUAUUAAAUUGUGAAAGGUCAUAACGUCACCUGUAGAAACUUUAGUCAGGAAAACAUGGAGACCGACAGCCAAUUCUGCUCACUAAUACCGAUAUUUUUGAAAUCCUGUUCUUUAAUAGAUUUGGACUAUCCUUCAUAAAAAAGAAAAAACGCAACAACAAAGUAAAAAACUUCAAUUUCAGUUAUGAGUAAGACAUACAACGUAUGACUUCUACUUGGAGCACAAACACUAAGAAAAACGAAACUGAAUUUAUUAAUUACUUAUUUCAUAUCGUAGCUUCUUUCAUUGAAAAAAAAGGAAUAUUAUAGUCUUUCAGAUCAGAAUCGCUGGUGAUAAUGGGGCCUUUAACAGCUCAAGUUCAUUGAUAACGACACAGUCUGUUCAGCAAUUCCUUUAUUUCCUAAGUGCCCAUUAAAAAAACAUAUACUGUAUUUUAUCAGACUCAAGUGAAUUAGUAAAAUCUCAUAAUCAAAAACUAUAUGCACUACUGUAGUUAUAAAUAUACUGUUUUCAAAAGAGAUGUGAAAUGCCGAUCAUUUUUUGGACUUUUAUAAGGUAACAUUGCCCUCUAUUUCUCCCGUUCUGAGAAUGGUUUUUUUUAAAAUUCAGUCAGAGACAGAUAAGACCAGGAAAAAUAUUCUAGUUCGCCCAAAAGGAGUUUGAACCUACAUGACCUCUGGUUAGCUAGUAGUCUAGAUUCUCUACCAGCGAGCUACAAGAGACGCGUAGGAGUUAAGGCCAUUAAACUAGGUUAAUGUGACAAACAUCCUUUGUACUGCUAAUGCUACGACGGGAGUGUUAACAGAUGGCCUUUAGCAGCGAUAAUCAUAAAAAAAAUGAGAUCGUGGAGUUCAGUAGGCCUGCCGAAUAAAUGAGAAUAAUUAUUUUUUGCGUCAAAUGACACAGGAUUAUCGGGAAAAAACCGAUUUUUUCCAACAGGAGUCAGUGGACUAAACGAUUCUCCUAUGUUUUGUACGGUGUCACUGAGAUAAAGAUCGUGAGAAAAAAGGAAAUGAUUAUCAGUGCUCAGAUAAGUCUUUCAAUUGGGUCGUUACAUUAACCUGGCUCUUGAAAUAAACGCAGUGACCACCCGAGUUAGCAAGAUGGGUGGUCCUUUAACGUUAGAAUCGAGCACGAGAGCAUAAAAUCACACACAAGAAAAAAAUGCUCUGUAAGAUUAUGCAAUGUUGUCAUUCGUGUUGAAAGGGGAUAUGUCGCGCUAUUUGCUAUCUUUUUUUAAAAAAAGCGCAAACUUUUCUCGCAUCAAAUGGAUUUCAGAAACAAUGGUCCAGUUUUGUUAUUUAAGACUAUAUUUAAGCAUUGAAACUGUUUCCUUUCGUCUGACGCAACGGAUGGCAAGGAUGGACAUGGAUUAAAGGUCGAAAAAGUUGGGCCAACCUUUUCAAGUUCUAAUGCAAUGCCUGCAAAACUCACCAAAAACAUUGUUAUGGUUAGUGAUUGCCUAUGAAAUCUGUCUGAUAUCUUCUUCACAACUCCACAAGAGCAUUUUGUGUAUGGGUAAAGGCACUAAGCAAAAACUACCUACCCCUCCCCUAAGCCCACAUUUUGCCCUAAGUAAGAACUAAGUGUUAAUCUUGGUUUAGGGGAGGGGUAGGUGGGCAGUUUUCCAGAAACGUAAAAUGAUCCCAGAAUUGACCUGAAAUAGCAGUAUCUUCCUGACAGAGCCUCUUUAACACUUUCAUUCCCAGAAUGAAUAUUUAACACUUAUUGAACGAAGUUGAGCAAAAUAUCGUGAUUUGUCAGUGGCGAGCAGAUCAAUUAUCUGCCGAAGCCGAAGGCUGAGGCAAAUAAUUAAUCUGCAAGACACUGAAAAAUCACGGUUUUUCGCGAUAACCGAGUUCAAUAAUUGUUUUAUCAUUCGAUGACCGAGUCUUUUAAUUUUUUUAAUUAUUUGAGAAAAGAACUGCCAUUUUAACGCAAGAGCAAUGGCAAGAAGGAAAAAAGCGUUGUUUCAUUUACGUAUGAGCGAACAUGCAGUUAAACACAGUUGGACGACAUUGCGCAUGAGCAGACCAUCAUUUGUAGGUAGUUAUUUGUAGCUCACAUGUUGGCCUCUCGUCCAAUGAAAAGGAAGAAAAAUUUGCAUGGAAUGAUGAGUGUUGUGAGGUGGUUCUAACUUUUGAGACUGUUGACCAAAACGUUUGUUGCGACCAUUCAAAUGAAACCUCUUUGGUAGUACCUUCACAAGGUGCUACUUGUUUUUCAGCAUUUUGCGAAAGAAAAUUUAGAAAUUUUGAUGAAUGAAAUGACUUUGGCCACUUCUGCGAGUGGAUUUUAUUCCUUUUUGGAAAGUUAAAGAUUAAAUUGCCAUAUUAGCUCGCUAGAGGCAAUUAUAUCAAUCAAAGAUUAAAGCCGAUCAUCCGUACUGACAACAAGGAUGCCUCACUCUCUAGUAAUUUCACGCUGAAACAAGAUUUCACUAAGAGAGGAACCAAACUAACCUACAACUGACAUGGGAGGACGAGGAGUUUUCUCUUUUUGGAAUUGAGUAACGAAACAGAGCAGAGAGAUGCUACAAUUGCCUGAACAAUCAACAGGAAGCGCUAAUCUACAACCUUUUUCUGGAACUGAAAAGUUCAGAAGAGACUGACAAGCACAAUGUUCCGAUAAAGUUAAUCUAUUCAUAAGCUUUGGAACAAAGGCUCUUUGUACUGAAAACUCCCAAAGAUCAAUAUUCACACCUAACCACAACAGAUUUCAGGAAACGCGAAAUGUAGGUGGAUCUAGGUUUUAUUUAAAAGGGUCAAAUUCUCCCACGUAAUACGUCUGGCUGCUUUCGUAACUAAAAUAGCUCUUUACACUUAAAGCUUGCCUUCAACUGUUAUUUUGUUGUAUAACUAAUAAUCCAAGUUUGAGUUUGACAUUGUCACAAACUCUGUGUAAGCCAAGGAAAUAGAAAUAAUACGUGCGCAUUAAAAAGGAUGGAUUUUGAGAGACCAUGCAGGCUUUAGACUAUUUAAACUGCAAAAACUGAUCGAAAAAGUAAGGUACUUUAGGGAACUAGACACAAUUUUAUUAAGUGAAAUGGAAUGGACUGACUCAGCACUUAAUUCUAAGCUUUUAAAUGGAACAACCUCAUUUCAUCAUCUGAGCAUUGCGCAACGUUUCGAGUUGUCAAUCAAGCGAAGGUUUUAGCAUUGACGGCCGACAGAACUCAGACUUUUUUGUGCGUUAGCUGAGUCAUGAUUCGGUCCGCAUGGCUUUCGCCAAGUGGCGGAUAUAAUGUACGCACGGUUUUUUCACGUGUCUGGGCAAUAAUUAGAAAGAAAAGGGAGCUAAUUAAGUAGCAGCUCACUUGAUCCCUCUACCGCCUUUCAGUCUUUAGAUAAAUGAUUGAAAAGAUCUGUAAAUUGCUGGGGUACACCCACAGUAUUAAGCUGUGCAAUAAUUAUUGUAAUGGGAAUGCUUUUUAAUACUUUCACCCCUAAAAUCACCUUGAAUCGAAGUUAUUCUUUCUUUGCCAAAGCAACUUCGUAAAUGUAGACAAAUAAUACCCUGUGAAGGUACUCAUGUUGAAGAGAUUUUAUUUGAAUGGUCACACCAUAUGAUUCUGUCCACAGUUCGAGGGUUUAAGUAGCAUAAAUAACGCUCAGACUGCAAAGGUUAAGGAGGUGUGUGCCAUUUAUAACUUUUAAGAGUCCUUAGACACAUUUACUAGAUGAUUAAAACAAAGGAAAAAAGAAACAUAAUUCCAAGGGUAACAAUCGAUGAAUGUAGAUAUCUGAGUGCGAAAGAACUGUUGUAUUCAUACUGACUGGGUUGUUCAGAAAUCAAGAAAGAAAUUUGCUGCAAAAGGUGAAUAUUGUAACAAAACAAAAAACUGACCACAUUUUUCGGCUGUUGAUAACUGCUGCUAUAAUAGGUACGUCGGAGAUAACUACAAGACUUGUAUACACCUUGUUCGAGUACCCAAUUCAGGGAAAGAUAAGUCUCUGUUAUAGAGGCCUCUUGGGUAAAUUUAGUAGUAAACUCUCAGGACUUUAUUAAGUUGUUUGUUAAAAUGACUUUUAAUUUCCGCUGGGAAAUAAUAUCAAGAUAUCGGCAAGAAAUAUUAAAAGUGGAAAGAAUUUAUAAAAUGCUGAUUAAUUUUUUGUGAUAAUAUGUUUCAGAUAUCGGAGCUUGUUACUUUGUGGAGAAAACAAAAAAGCGCUGAAGGAUAUUAAUUCUGUGGCGAGGGCCUUGCGAGACUCAAACAGCUCCGCCAACGGGGAAAACGUAGCUUCAGGCCAACAGGAAAAAACUUGGAACGUCAUGAAGGUUAACAAAACUGAAAUGGACCAAGCAAUGGAAUGCUUAUUCCAAACGGUAAGUCAAAAGAUACGUUCAAAAAUUGUUGUGAACCUAAAAUUUUAUGGCAAUGCAUUUUUCUAUUCUUUUUUUUAAAUUUUUUUUUACUAGCUAAGAGCUUGCGGUGGCUCUGAAUUGCCUUUUCUCGUUUGUAAAACUGGGUCUGUAUCAUACUUCAAAGUAUGCUGACUUUUCGUGCAGCCAAAGUAAUUACCCAGUUGAAGCUCUUGAUAGUCUGCACGCAAUUUGCGCGAGCACCGCGCGGAACGAGGGCGGGAUCUCUUAAAUAACUAAAUGACGUAGUUAAAGCAAUCAACCAAUAAACCAGAGCUGUAUCAACAUGACCCUUUGCUAUAUUCAUGGCACAAUAAUUGUCUUUUUCCGCUUUAUAUGGUCUCAUAAUGAUUUGCAGUUAUACCGCUUUGACACACGAACAUUAUGCAAAUGCAAUUUUCUAUAUAAGACUUUCGGUAGAGUUUAAGUGCUCAGUGUGUCAAACAGCUCACACUUAAAAAGAUGCAACUUUUAGCCAGUGUUGAAUGGAUAGGAGAGGUAAGGCAUUACUCUUCUUAUACAGAACACGGCCCUUUUUGUCCAGAUGACGUCCGUACAUUAUGAUCUAAAGUACCGGCUUUAAAGACGUAGUAAUUACUGCUUUCAUUUUAAGAGCGCACUCUUGAGUUCCAUUCAGACUUGAAAGUUCAGAGAGAAAGAACCCUUUGAGCUCAUAGCGCACGUGAAAUUGCAAAAAGUAGAUAAUGAAUCGCCCGUUAGAAGUUUAAACGAAGGUUUUACUAUUAAGGAGGAGAAGUUGAAAAAGCUUAUUUUGUCGAGACGUUACUCACGUCUAUACCCCAGAAACCUUAUGUAUCCACUCAUUUUAAGCAGGUAAAAACCUGGCAUUUUGCCAGCUAAGGCCAGUGUAUAAGGGUAAGAACUUGAAAUCUGAUUUCAAUUCAUUGGAAAACCGUGAUAACAGCCUCAAUGUUUUUAUUUAAAACAGUGAAAUUUUGGCAUUACAUUCUCUUCUUUCUGUCCCCGAAUUUUUCACCACCGUUUUAGCUUAAACCCUAGAGAAAGUUCAAUUAACUUUAAAAGAGUUUUUGGGAACUUUUCGUGAGUAUGUUUGGUUCAGACAUAGAAAUAUGAAAUGAUAGGAACUCAAAACAAGCCUUGAUAAAUUACGCCGCUUGGGAACUCUAAAUUUAACACAGGAAAGGACGAAAGAGCAGAAAAACUACGUCUUAAACGCAUCCGCCGGACUUGAAAGUGAAGUGAUCAAUAUUAACAAGCAGACCAUAACUUACAAACGCUUUAAAAGACAAGAAGCUAUUGUAGAUGCAGGAAGAUGCUGCGUACUUUCACUCUAAAGAUAGGCGCUGAAGGCAAGCAGUUUUACCAAUGAAAACCUUUAACCUCAAUCCCUAAGACUUCAAAAAUGCAUAUGAGAAGAAGCAGCGAUAUCUCUAAAUCAAACAAGAGUGCAAAGGAAAUGAUUUGAAGUGGAGCCAAAAAUAAAUGGUUCUUUUAGAUUUUCGGUGCAACAGUAUCUUUCUUCUAGCAGUGGAGAGGCUAUAAAGAUAAAUGAAUUAUUUGGAUUUGUUACGAAACCAUAAGGAGACUUUGAAGAAUAUACAAAUUAAUUUGUCAACUUUCAAUUAGACGGGCUUCAACUCUAUUGGCUUGCAUGACCCUGUCGAGGAGUAACCAAUACCGAACACCUUUCGUAACUUUCAAAUUCACGCAAUCCUCUUUGUUUAGGCAAACUCAAGUUAUCGCCGUCGAUCUUUAUCUGUUUUGGAAUCUAAAAAUGGAUUUCUUUUUUGUGCCGUUGGCAUAAAAUGCCCCGAGACUAAUUGUUAACACCAACACAAACUCGAGCUGCAGUCUACCGCGCUUCGUUUUCGCAAAAUUUGUCGAAAUUGUGACAAAGCAAAUUUGCUAGUCUUUACGCUUUACUGGUUGAUGAUUCUAUGGCUUUAUGACGUGUUAAGCCACUUGAGUUAUAUCCACGCCUAAUUCAACGGGCCGCUGGUCUCACGAAAAUGCUUUAAAUAAAACAAAAACAUGAGAUCCGGUGUGUUACUUCCAUUGGAUAAUCAGAUGCAAAAACCGACGUUUACUAGAUCUUGCAGUUUCGGCGAGAUGUCAUCUUCAAAAACGCUGAUGUAUAAUAAGUGUUUAAAAGGGUGAUGGAUUCAUGGUUUCGCGAGCGAGUAAUUGCUCGUUAUGCAAAUUCUUUGUUUCACGGUGAUUUUUGUUUGAUCGACGAUCACCUAGCGGAAAAGCAGAAGCCAAUAAUGAGAAAAAAAUUAACUGAAGCUUGAAAUCCUUAGAAAUAUUUAAGGGCAACUAGUCAGCUCUUUCUCUCUCAAGAGUGCCCAAACAAAAAAUAAUCAAGAAAAAAGUGCCAUGACUUUUAAGUAUUUUUUGUAAAUAAAAUACUGAAAAACAAAUGGUACAGAGCGAAGGUACUGCUAAAGAGGUUUCACUUGAAUGGUCACACCAAACAAUUUCAUCUACAGACUUAAAGAAAGUUAGAGUAACACAUUGACGUCUUUGUAAUUGAGGUAAUUAGCAAAGGUGCAGUAACAUCAGCUGAAAAGUCGCGGGUCAUCACAGACUCCAAAACUUGUUCACUGCUCUUUGGUAAACUAUGAUCUCUAACUUGAGUUUCCAUCAGUUUUUUCCAGUUCAAAGGAAACGAGAAGGAAAUCUGAUUGCGAACAACAAAACAAAAAAUUUCCAUCCAUUUAUAAGUUAGAAAUCACCUUGCACAAUACAUAUGAAACAAAAAUCGAUACCACAACAACCUACCGCCCACUAGCUGGCUUUUAUUUUGUUUGUCAAAGCUAAGAACGUCAUUUCCGACACAAAGGCAAGAAAAACCUUUAAACAGCACAGUACGGUGUCACAGAAAAGCUCAAGUGCAUUCAUUUGAACGUUCACACUUAAUGAUUUCAUCCGCCGACACCAUUACAGGAAACUACUGCUCAGUAGCUUUCAUUUGAAUGUUGACACGGCAUAAUCUCGUCCACACAUUCUGCAAAACGGAUAGAACCACUUUACACAACAUAUUAAAAACAUUACCGCAGGAAAGUACUCAUUCAGUAACUUUCAUUCAGAAAUGGAGUCACAUUUAAUGAUCUCGUUCACAGACUCAGUCAGGGCCACUAUAAUAUGUACAUUAUAAAAACAGUACACCAUUGAGAAAGAAUGCCUCAGUAUCUUUCAUUGAAAUGGUCUUUAUAUCCACGAUUAAUAAUUUCGUCUACACACUCAAAAGUAAGAACCACUUUACACAAAAUGAAAAUAACAACACAGGAAAGUAAUAUUCAGUGGGUUUCACUGGAACGGUCGCACUUCCUGAUCUCGUCUACAAACUCAAACGUCAGAACCACUUUAAGCAACAUUGUAAAAAUAGCAACAGAGGAAAGUAAUGCUCAGUAGCUUUCAUUGGAACGGUCACACUUAUAAAUUCAUGCGUAGAUUCAAGCAUUGAAACCACAUUGCGCAACAUAAUUUAAACAGUAGUACAAGAAAGCAUUGUGCAGUAGCUUUUAUUGAGUCACUGCAGCCUCAAGUAAGGAUGCCGACACAAUUUGCUAAAAGCCUAGGGUAGCACCGUCUUCCGUACCAUUGAGAAAGAAUGCCUCAGUAUCUUUCAUUGAAAUGGUCUUUAUAUCCACGAUUAAUAAUUUCGUCUACACACUCAAAAGUAAGAACCACUUUACACAAAAUGAAAAUAAUAACACAGGAAGGUAAUAUUCAGUGGGUUUCACUGGAACGGUCGCACUUCCUGAUCUCGUCUACAAACUCAAACGUCAGAACCACUUUAAGCAACAUUGUAAAAAUAGCAACAGAGGAAAGUAAUGCUCAGUAGCUUUCAUUGGAACGGUCACACUUAUAAAUUCAUGCGUAGAUUCAAGCGUUGAAACCACAUUACGCAGCAUAAUAUAAACAGUAGUACAAGAAAGCAUUGUGCAGUAGCUUUUAUUGAGUCACUGCAGCCUCAACUAAGGAUGCCGACACAAUUUGCUAACAGCCUAGGGUAGCACCGUCGUCCGUACAGGAUGAUGACAUGGGAAAUUAUUGCACGGAGUAGCAUGCUUUUAUCAAUCGUCACACCCGUUAAAGAUGUCAGUGGGCGACUCCGUCACACUGGAACACAUGACAAGCAAUCGAAAUUAUCGUUCCUUUUAUUCUGGUGGAGGAAAGACACAGUGUAACAACAAAAAAUGUCAGUAAACAUUACUUAGAAUGAAUCGAUGAGCGGAAGCUUUUAACGUGAACACUGUGUGAUUCAACGAUCUCUAACUGCGAUAUAACUCUCUGAACAACUGGAAAAAUAUACCUUAAAUGUUCUCGUCAUGGCUCUAAACCUGCAAAAAAAAAACUCGACACUGAAAAACAGGGCCAAAGAAAACCUCAGAAGGUUAUGAUAACAAGAUCGAAAAUCUAAAUUUCAAGGCAGAGGUUUGUGCAAAGGAGGCGGAGGCAUAUUUUUCAAAAUAUCCGGAAUACGUGAUUUAAAGACCUUUCGAAAAAGAAGAUCAUAUGAUUACUCCACUUAGACUGUGCUUCCAGAGAUUUCCAGCUAAACCUGAUUGCGAAACGAAGAAAACCACUAAUAGCAAAUUAUUUUCCUUCAUAAAUACAUCAACGAACCCGCUAAAAAAAAUAAUACAACACUGGCUCGCCUUUUCAAGGUAACAGUCGGUCUCGUAAAGAUAGACCCAAGAUAAUCGGUUUGUAUUCUAGAAGCUUCAACGCUUUCCUAAUGGGAACACGGUUUCUGGAGACGGAAAACUAAAAAAAACCUAAUUUGAAAUUUAAAAACAACAACAACAACAAAAUUUACAGCUUCACCUUACUAUGUACUACUUCGUAAUUAAGUGAAGCAAGAGAGCAAAUGUCAAGCUGUUGUUGACACAAUCAGCUCGGUAAAACACUCUCAGAUUGUACUUAACGCUUACAACAUUUUUUUCACAAAUUAUUUUUGCUGAAUAUGGCUGGCCAAUGCUUUUAUCUUUACGUUGAACAAAUGUUAUCUAGUCACGCAUAAGUCCGGCCUUUCCAUCGUGCUCCGGAAACACUUUUUGACUAUAAAAUGAUACCUCUUGUUAGUUCAGGAUUUCCGACGUUGGCACGAGAUACAAACCAUACGUGAAACGACAGCGGUACGUAGGACUUGCUCGUGUCGGCUGGCAUAGAAAACAACCAACGAUAAGUAACAGAUUAAUCUGUUUGGCUUAACAUCGUGGCAAAUUUGCACGAGAGGAAAGGUUAUAGGGAAUGAAGUGUCAGUUUCGGUAAGAAUCUAUCAAAUUUGCUAAUUUUAUAAAGUGCAAAGUCAAUUAGUUUAUGGGGCUUAAAGGUGAUGUUAUCUCACGCGAAUACGGUAAUACGCUGUGUCGGUGUUACAGUUGUAUCACACCCGUUACACUAAUCGCAGUUCGUUUGGUACAUUACUGUAAUCGAAGAAAAGAAGCUUCAAGGUACAUCAGAUCGUUUAAACCUCAUUUUACACAAACUGGUUUUACAGAUGCUUGAAAUACUUGAGGCUUCCUGCCCACGAAACAAGUGCUUCACGUUUGCUUUUCUCAUUUCGUUGCACGACGUGUGUUCGCGAGUCACGAACCCGAUCAAAAGCAACCAAACAACAGUUCACGACGGUAAAAAAACAACCUUUUGGUAUUUCUCAAGCAGCUCUUAAAGGUAAUCUUCUUUUCCCCUUUGAUAACAUCGCUGAGAUCCUUGUGAUAUUCACGAGCAGAGCCAAUAAUAUAGCGAGGUUUUGUAGCCAUCGGCAAGGAAAAAGACAUGUCUAGCUAAUUCAAAGCGAUAGAAAAAUCCGGAACUAUACAUCCAAAACAAUGGCCCAUUUCAGAUGGGUUCAAAUGCUUGUUAAUGUGAAAGCUCUAGUAGCAGAGUAAAUAUGUUUAUUUGUUUUCGGCAAGCUGUAGAAGAAAUCCAUAUUCUUGCCAUAUUCGCUUUGUUUUCCGCCCGGCGGAUAUAAAAGUUUCAUUAGAAGAAAAACAACCAUUAGUGAGAGCGGAUCUCGAGAAAGGCGGCUUGCCUUUACGUUUUUUUUUUUUAAAAAAAGACCUCGAUAUCUCAUUGCUACAAACCGCGAGGAGUGGUCAUCGCGAAAUAGCCAAGGGGUUGUUGAAUUAUAAACUUAACUACCGGUCAAAACAGUAAACUUUUAAAACCUGCUUGUUCAGAGAUAUGUUGAUAGGAAAGAUGAAAGAGUCAAGAGAUUGUGUGUUGAACGUGGGCAAGAGGUUUAGCACUUUUUUAAGGGACUUUCUUCGCGAUAAAAAAUUUUUCAGUAUCAUGUAGGUUCAUCAAGCGGCUUGUGACGUAAAGAUAGGUAAAAUAUUAAACUAAUCAACUUCGAUUCGCAAGGAAAAUUAAGCGGUUAUAUGCCAAACAAAUACCGGAAAUGAUACGUAACGCAGACUUUGUCAACAACUGUCAAAUUUGUGUCAGGGUUAAUGAAACCCUUCAAAUGCACAACCAGAAAUGAAAUGCGAGCACAGUGACCUAUAGAAAGCUCCCAAAUAAUAACCUUCAGGCAUUUUGACCCGAGGGGUAUUAUUUAGCCUACGGGAAAAUCGCAAGACGGUGGAUGAAAGGAGAAUCCAGCCACGUUAAAAGACUGCGAAAAACCAAUUCCCCGCCUUCAGAGGCCUGUGAUUGGCGGGGCGGUGAAAUUUAAUAAGUCUUAAUUAGUUGCCAUAGCUACUCAUAUGAAUAGGUGUCAAUCACAGGGGGGUUUCCUUCAGAAAAGCACUGUGACCGACGAUAAAACCCAAGGUGCUUGGGCAGUGUGUUGCAGUUUAGCAUUUCUAUUGUUUUCCACUCGUGUGUAAAGAUAAGAGAAAGGAUGCUUUCCCUUGAGUGAUUUACAUGCUUUUACAGAGUAAAGCAUCGGCUCAUUUGAACUGCGCGCGCCAGAGUGGAUCCGAAUACAUUUGCCACAACUCCUUCUAGAGGUAACCAAAAUAAGUCAAUGGGCGAAUUUUAUUAUUCUUAUUUAUCCUAAUGCGCGCGGGAAAGCAGCUUGAGUCAGUUUAACGGGGAAUGUAUGCAUUCUUUCUUGUGCUCAUUUUGUUUAAUCUUGUUUACUUUGUUAUUUGAAUGUUAUAGGGGAAUGUGAUGCGAGGACACAAUACGGACAUUAAUCUCAAGGACUACUCAGAUACGGUCAGAUACCUUGAGCAGUUCCAAGAAAUUACCAGCAAAACUUUCAGUGCCGAAUUUCAGAAAAGCGGAGCUGAAAUCACAGAGGAGACAGACGUCAAGAGGUCCCCAGAGCCCCUUCCCGCGCCUUUCAGUAUGUAUGGACCCAGUGACGGGUUUUACUCAUCUCGAGUUCAAGGCCAAAACAUUUUAAACCCAAACGUACGCAAUGGAAAUUUAGUAUCUGAAAGAGGCAUACCAAAUCAUUUCGGUUCAUUCAAGCACGCAGAGAUCGGGGUAGAGAACAUGAUUUCAGCGGAGAGAGGUGCUCCGAUGUUUGAUUAUCAUUACUCGCAGCACAAUACACACGGUGGAAUGUCCACAAACGAGGUUGCUAACUUUGCGAACGCAGCUAACACGCAAAAUGAAUUUGCGGUGGAAAAUUCCACCACACCGUUCGGUCAAGGUGUUGCAAAAGGUUGUCUGUCUCCAUCACUUCAGAAUUGUCCACAGCAAGUUGCCAUUAACCCUCUAGCUGGCUUAACAGAACUGGCCGAGAAAGCGAACUUCGCGUCUGAACUCGCCCGAAAUGGCGUCGCCGAGUCUCGUUUUAGCUCUCAACCACGCCGCGGCCAAAUAAAUGGCCCGGCUGUUCAGUACAGCUUCCCAGAAGCACCGAGAGGCCGAAGCUGGUCACGUUCUAUACCUGAAGGUGUAAACAGCUUCUUCAAUGGAGGACAGCAGCCUUUUCAAGCUGAUGAGUUCUCGCCGACUCUCUCGACAGGGAGUUCGAUUCUCACAGAUUCUGAGCUGGGAAGCCCGUGUCACUCGGCACGGCCGCGACACUUCUUCCCUUAUAGCGAGUCGGAGUCGGAUCUUUCGCCGACUGAAAUAAACCCCUAUGAUAGAUCGAGAGCAUCUUACCAGAACUACAACUCGAGAACGUUUGCAAAUUACAAACUUUGGAGUAAUCAGACUGAGUCGAUCACGCCAAAUGUAACGGUAGUUCCCGACCCAAGGAGUAAGCUGUCGCAGUUGUUCAAGUCUGGCAGUCGUAGCACCACCAAAUCGGAGGAGAUACUCAAGGAACAUUUGCAAAACUUCGGCAAGUACUUGCCAACGCAGGGAGACAAAAAGCAAGAAAAAAAAGCUGACACUGAACAAGAGAAUAGCUGGACUGGCGAGGAGGAGGUUAAAGAGAAGAAAACUUCGACAGCAGCUUCUAACGCGAAGGAAUCUAGCGAAGAGAAUACAGUGUUCCCUUGCAAAUGGGUCAACUGCGAGGGAUCCAUAUUUUCGGAACAAGAUGACUUGGUGCGCCAUAUAGAGAAAGUUCAUAUCGAUCAAAGAAAGGCGGACGAUUUGUAUAUUUGUUAUUGGAAAGACUGCAGCAGGCAACGAAGGGCUUUCAACGCGAGAUACAAGCUUGUGAUUCAUAUGAGAGUCCAUUCGGGCGAGAAGCCCAACAAAUGUACGGUAAGUAGUACGGGUAGUACAAAAGCGAUGUUUGUUUUGUAUUGUCUUAGAGUUCCUUCAGAUAGAUCGCGUCAAUUAUUUUGCACUCAAUUUGUAGGAUUGGGAGUGAUAUUGAGUCAAGAAUAGAGUUUUGGAAAUUUCUCAAUAUCGGCUCGAAUUACCUACCAAUCGAGCGAUGGGCAUCUGUUAUCGCGAAAUGUCCAAAUACAACACGUGCAAGUGAAUUCAGACUUUGCGGUUCUUGGUGCUCGUUUUGACACGAGUGGUAUUCAAAUGUCACCUUGGGCAUAAUUUAAUCAUGUUUUUAUGAGUUCAAUCACACGACGUUGCUUUCUUUGAUCAGGCAGAGAACUUUUGUCGGUUUUUGGAUGGGAAAUGAAGGUCUGCGAUGCGUGAAAUUCAGGAAAUGAGUAGACACAUAUUUUAGCAUUGCGGUCAAAAACCCAUCUCGUUUCUAGACGGCCUGUAGCUAAAGGUAACAUUCUGAUGUAGCAGGCAUUUGAAGCCACUCACGCCAGGGUCUGUGUGCAUUUGCAUAAGACACAAUAAAACCUUUGUUUGUCUUUCAGUUUGGCCUCUACAGCUACAAAUUCAAAGGCAUAUUUGUUAUACUUGUGGUUCGGAACAGUCGAAAAGAAAAACAAAUUCCCUAGACCAGAUCUCGUAAAUCACGAAACGGCUUUGCGCGUGUUUAAAUCUCUCGUCUCGCUUUUCUAAGGUCAAUAAUGAAAGCGGAGAGUUACAAGGAGGAUUUUUUUCGUCUUGGCGAACUUUUGCGCGAGAAUUUACCGCAAAAAUAUCUGCGCAUUCAAGAGCAAUGAAAGGGUUCCAUGUGGCUCAAUCGGCGGGGAUGCUAUAGAGAAUUGUUACACAAUCAAUCGUUUUCAGUCUAAAAUACCAUGUUUUCGAGAAUGAUCACUCACAAAAAACCGUAAGAAAAAAAAAUUAAGAGAACAAAAAGUACACUAGCUCGACCUCUUCAAGGUUUUUGUGUCCUAUUCUUCUUUUAUUAAUUCCGCGUGUAUGCAACCUGUUUUGAAAAGCAAUUUGUUGAGUGAGGAGAGAGGGGGGAGUGGUGUCGGAAGACUACAAAGAAAAGCUAUUGAAAGUCGCCUCAUACAGUCUUUACACUCGCAAGUUUUGUCUCCCCUUCCAAAUAAAGUUAUGAAUAUAAUUAGAUUUGGUGUGAAUUAAAAUGGACAUUGCCAUGAAAAUGGUCGCUCGGCGAUGGCUAAGGCGCGAGGCUCUCUGUUGACCUUGGGGCGAAGAAACGACCCCCGCUGUUUGCGUGAAUCGUCGUCACGGAAGACUUUGGACGGAAUUUUUGACGUAUUCCAAAAGUUGAAAACCACCUGCUCUUAGUCAAUGACAGUAUCUAGUAAUACGUUGGUCGUCAAGCGUUUUAUUUCAAGUUGGCAACACUCUAGUAAGGCAAACCCAAACAAUUCCCAUUUGACAAAGAUAGUUUUUUCUUGAGAACGCCCUAAUUGAUAUCACAAACGUCAUCGUUAAAAUGGUUUUUCUUUUAAUUAAAAUUUAUACGAUGAUUUCUUUCUGUUUAUUUCGCACUAGUGUACAAAUUUAAAGCGAUACCUGUGAUUCUUCGUGAGUGCUAAAAAAGUCAUUGUUUGAUCACCCCUUUUGUCUGUGUAAAAUCGUGCACCUGCAAUAAAUUUUUGAAGAUUGUCUUCAUUCUGUCUGGAUAAAAAGCGUUUCAAAUUGCAUAUUUAAGAGUGUGCAAACCGUUCUAUUUAGUUUAAUAUUGAAUUUUAUGGAAAACCUCAUGUAUUUUGUGGAAAUUUAAGGACAACAUUUAACCAAACAAAGCGCUAAUUGAUUUGUACUCGACUCAUGCUAUUUUCGAGGGCAAAAAAUAAUAUUCAACUGACAGCGUAUUAAAUUGCUUUUACUCAAUAUUUAUCUCUCUUUUGCAUUUAUUAAGUUUGAGUCCUAAAUCAAUCAAAAUAAAUAAAACAUGACAGUUAGCAAUUGAAUUUCUAAAUACAAAUUAAUUUUUUUGGACAUUGUGGCCAAAACAUUUACAGUAGACUACCAACAGACAGUUUAAUUUCAAAUUGAUGCAUCGCAAAAUAAACGCCUUUGUUUCUGCUUUGUGUGUCGAGGCCAUUUCAAGAAAACUGGCACUGAGGCAAAUUUGAUUGCAGUAAUUACUGAUCAGUUGUUCUUAACUAAUUUUUCUGACAAUACACUGCCCACAGAGAUUUGAACAACAGUCUUCCUAACAUUAAAUGCAGAUAUACAGUGUUUUAGAAAAAUAGAAAAUAACUUGUACAGGCUUCCUGACAAGUGUAUGCUCAUUGCUAUUUUAGGUGCCAGGACAUUAAUUACUUUUCAAAAUUUAUUAUGUUUGUUUUGAGUGACUUUCUUACAUUCACCAAUUUUGUUUAUCUUGGAUGGGUUUCCUUUCAAUUUAAUCUUACAAGUAUUAAAAGAACAGGUUCUGUAGCCUCUGGUGGCCUGUUAUUUGAUAGAUUAUUUUUUUGGAAAAAUGUGGAACUAGUUCUUGUGUUUUUGAACCCAGCUGGUGUGAUGAAUAGAUUGGUUUGAAUUUCGCCAUCCAGACUGAGGUAAACAAUUCCCAGUAAAGCACAAAGGUCUCUGUGUAGCAGUUUUACCAUAACUGUAUAUGUAUAUUCAUAUCUUUUGGCUUUAACAAAAAUUAGUUUCUCUUGCCAUUUUAAUGAUAGAAUUGUAGAUUCGCUUUUUGAAAUACAUUGCAUUGCAUAAGUAAAUUACUGCUCCAUGACUGACAUGAAUGGUCAUGUUAUAGCCACCCUCGACGGCAUAAUGUUUUUAACAACACCAGUGAAAAGUAGCUAGCACUAUGUAUUCUUCAUGUAUCUGUCCAGACUUCAGAAUUUUAUCCACAAACUUGAAAAUAUAAGAAGCUGUCUCAUCAAACAAGAUAAAAUUAUUAUUGUGAAAAGUGAACUGCUCUGCAAUAAAUGUUUAAUGAAUAUAUGUUACUCCUUUGAAGUGAAGCAAGUGUAUAGAGUUGCACACAGAAUAAGUCGAGUACCAUCUAUUUGUCUUAUGAAACACAUAACCAAACACAUUCCGAUUUUUAAAGCUUAAGUUCUUUGAAACAAAGACGUGGGAUGCGGACAUAAACAAUGAAAAAAAAAAACGUUCUCAAGCUGAAACAAGUAGUCAUCUGGUAAAUUAUUACAGCUGUAUUUAACAAAAACUACAAAGAUAGUUCAAAAUGAUUUCAUAGUUUUAGGAAACAAUAUGAAAGAGUGCAUCUAUGUUUCACUAAAAGUUAAGCUAUUCCAUAUUUAUUUGUAGGAGUGAUAAUGUUCUUUCAAAAACUUCAAGUUGGUAAUAUAUUAGAAAUUCCCUAAUGUUGUUUUUGAGUGAGUUCGAGAUCAUUUUGUCUCAUGAAAGCAUUCCACUGUUUUUAGUAGUCUUGAAGUCUCAGCCUUUUAGAUCUUUUGAAGGAGAGUUUACAGUCAUCAGAAUUCAGGUCAUUGGCACUGCCAAUAUCAAGAUUAAAUUUGAUAUUAUUUUGUUGACAUUUGAGAUACUAUUUUAAAAUCAAAUAUAUAUUGGUCAGUGAGUGAAAAAUAUUCACUUCCUGGUGACCAUAAGCAUCUGUUCAAGACCAACAGUACAGGUUUGCAUUGACAUAUUUUGUCUUAAACUUGUGUACUCUGUCUUGGACGAAAAACACAUAUUUGGUGAAAUAACAAAGAAGCAAUGUCUAGCCAUUGGAAACUUAAGCACUUGAUUAUGCAUCGUAAGUCUCAAGAAGGUUCAAAAGACAAUGGAGAGAUUAAAGUCAUAAUGUUCCUCUGUUAUCCCCACAAACAUCAUGUUAUUCCCAAACACAAACAUCGUUGUUUCUAAUCCAGACGAAAGACAACAUCACAAGUGGCUUUUUGAGACAAAUCCAGCGAUUUGGCUUAAGAGGUUAAGUGCGGAUUUCCACUGUCAAUAGGACAGGAACUGAAACUGGCGUUAUGUACAGAAUACUAAUGUAAGAAGAGGUGUAAGCCUUCAGUACUUGCAUAACUCGUCCAACCUGACCUGGCCAAGGCUGCGCUCUCAGGAAAACAGUAGGGAGCCCAAUAAUCCAGGGUUGCCUAGCAUUUAUUUUUCGUUGAAAAAGCAAGGGUUUUAAGGGUGAAAGUAGGUCAUCAGCGGGCCACCAGGCACUAUUACACGCUAGAGCAUACCAAGGGGACAGAGGAUUGGAAAUCCAUCUUAAUCUUGAUGUCAAUCACCAUGUUCUGAAAGUAAUUUUCUCACAGUACUUUUGUGAUUACAUUAUUUUGUAUUAAGUUGCUCCGGUUUUGCUGUUAUUCCACUGAUUUGUUGGCUAGGCAAAUAAGCUUGUGUUAUUUGCACUGUCUCCAGAACAUUCCUUCUUUGACGUGUUUUUACUUUUUACUAACACAAGUUGUGUGGAUUUUUUUUCUUUGAUUCCCCUUUUUCUGAAAAAAUAAACAACAUACUGCAAUAGCUCUUCUUGACGAAAGAAUUUCUCAGGCAUGCACCUUAAAGAUAUUGCAAAAUAGUUAUUAAUUUAUUCCACCUACAGACCUGUGUUUUUCGAAAACAAGAUAUAUAUAUAGAACACAGAAAAUGUCACACUUCUUUCUUCUAAGAUAGACAAAUGACAUAUACUUGAGAAACACUGACAGUACAUGUAUUUUAUCCAUGAACUAAUUUUUUAUUGUUCAAAAGGUGGAUGUUUCUAUCCAAUUAUUACAUGUAAUAAAUUGCUAUCCAGUGGUUCGAAUCCUGUUGAAGCCCUGACUUUUUUCAGGCUUCUUCUUUCCAAUUAAUUGGAAAAUUUACUGCGAUGAUCAUUCUUCACUUUUCUUUCUUUCUUUUCAGUGGAUGUCUUGUUUGUUUUCCUUAUAGUUCUCCAGUUAAAUGUGUUUUAUCAAUAAAUUAUUCUAAUAUUGAAGGAGACUUGCAAUAGUAGUUCGGCAAAAUAGAAAAAAUUCCAACAAGGCAAUAGUAAACACUUACUAUAAAUGAUUAAGAAUUAUUUAGGAUGGAAGAUAUUGACAAUAAGAAGAACAAAACGUCAAUGAACUAGUUUUUCCACUUUCCUUCUUCAGUUCCCAGGAUGCAAUAAGGCGUUUUCAAGGCUAGAAAACUUGAAAAUUCACAUGCGGUCCCACACAGGGGAGAAGCCAUACCUUUGCCAACAUCUAGGCUGCCCAAAGGCAUUUUCAAAUUCAUCUGACAGAGCCAAACAUCAAAGGACACAUCAAGAUACAGUAAGUAAACACCACUCUCUACAUGUACUUGGUAAUAAAAUGAAUCAAUGUAGUAUAGUGAAACCCUGCAGCUUCAAGGACACCCUCUUCAUACAGACACCUCAUUAUUACAGACAGUUUCCUUUGCCCCUGGGGAAUGAAAACCCUUACAUUUUCUCAAAAUUCAACCUGCUUAAUUCGGACACCCAUUAAUAGGGACGCUUUCUAUGGCCUCCUCAGUGUCCCCGUAUUAAUGGGGUACGUUUGACUGUACUGAGAUUAUUAUACAGUAAAACCCUGCAGCAACUCUGAAGGGUGACAAAAAACAGUUUGAAUUAGUGGGGAAUUUGAGUUAUCUAUACCAAACCCUAAAUGAAGUCCUGGCAAUUUGACCACUGAAAUCCUUUUGUGGCAAAGUCAAUUAAAGAUAAUCCCCCUUCACCCUUACAUGGACAGUAAAAGAGUAAAUUCUACUCCAAAAGUCUGCUAUAUUCUAUAUUUAAAGAAAAACAUGUAUCACAAGUGAAUGGUGCAGUUUCUUGAAUAUCAGUGUAGUUCUUAAUUUAAAAAUCUUGACAGCUACUAGAAAUCAAAAUAUUUUAAUUCCCUUCCUCCUCAUACUGCGUGAUGUUUUUCAAACCUCCCUUAAGUGCGCACCCUGAGACCUAGGCAUAGGCCUUUGCUUGCAGCAAUUUAAGGACUUAAAUCAUCACAUAAAAUUGAGCUGUGAAAGAGUUAAUACAGUAGAACCUCAAUAACCCAAACUCAAAUGUACCCUUUUACUGUAUUAUUUAGUUAGAACUACCUUAUUAAUAGCCGUUAAUAAUACAGUGUACCCAUCAAUAAUGGAGGUUUGGGGGUUAGAGAAAAGGUGUCAUACAGUGCAGUCUGUAAACUCUUUUAAUCCAAGAGGGUACUUAUGCCAAAAAUCAAAAUUCAUGCAAAACAGCAACUUUGAUGUUCCGAAAUAAGGAAAACCUAACAUAAAAGUAUAGCCUAAGGGGUUUGAUUUGAAUGGUUACGCUUUAACCCUUAAAGCCCUGAUAUCCACAUACAAAUUCUCCAGACUGACCUCUAUACAUUUCCUUAAAGAAUUAGUUGAGAGAAUUUGAUAAAAGAUCAAAGAUUUUUCUCUUUUUGAUCAUUUUAUUAAUUCUCAUCGACUUUGCUCUUGACAAUCUAUGGAUAUCAUUCGGAGAAAAUCGAUGUUGGUCACUAUUGGGAUUAAAAGGGUUAAGAUUUGGCCCACAGGGAUUAAGUUUGCAUUAGGUCAGUAUGUGUUCUCUCGUUGACUCAAGGGCUGAAGAAAGUUUAAAUAUGUUGCCCUUUUUGAGUAUUGUGACAUAAUAUUUUUUUUCCUGCUAUUUGCAGAAACCAUAUGCAUGUCAAGUUCCUGGUUGUCCAAAGAGAUACACAGACCCAUCUUCACUUAGAAAGCAUUUCAAACAACAUGCUAAUGGCAAAAUGCCACAGCAGAACUCAAAUACAAAGGUAUGUCUCUUUCUUAUGAUUUUUAAAACCCAUUGCCUUUUGCCCCUGUACAGUGGAACCUUGCUAUAAUGAACCUGUCCUUGGUAUAGCGAGCGAUUUUCUUUACCACAGAAAUAGUAAAAUAUAGGGAAAAGAACCUUGAUAUAACCAAACAUUGUUAUAUCAAUAGCAAACAAAUUUUGCCAGUCCCUUGGCCCUUUGUCUUAUCGAAUUGCCACUGUAGCUGUUUCAUCACAGAACAGAUUUGUAUUCCUGGCUUAAAGUUGCACAUUGAUAAACAAAAAGAAGAGACUUUUCAUUUAACUGGACUCUUUUAAGCAGCACUGGCAACAGAUGGGUGUUCGGAGUUCUCUGGAUUAGGCAGAAACCACUGACUUUCACCUUAACCUUUGAACACCAUGUGCCUCUAUCAGAAUUCAAACAAUAAAUAAUAAUCUUGUACCCCAUUUUCUGCAAAAGAUACAGUUUUUGCUGCUAUUAUUCCACUGAAAAUAAUAUUCUUUUAUUGCCAUUUCCGCAAUGUUGUGACUUUGAAAUUAGGAAAGAAAAACAGAAACAACCUUUCUUACCAAUAUACUUGUAAUGUCCUUAUGACAAAAUUUAAUGCUAUAUUUUGUUUUAUAUCAGACAAAACAGAAAACAAGAGGAAACAGAUCAUCAAAAAGAGACCUACUGUGUGCAGGGGUGACAAGACCUUUGUCAGAUUUUGCCUUUAUGGACGAAUUUCAAGCAAGAAAGCGCCAGAAAAUGCUAGAUACACUUCGUCAGACAACAGAGAAAAAACUUGCUCUGGAAAAUGGUUUUGCUCAAGCACUUCCUGAUACUCAAAGAGCUUGGUAUGGUCCAGAAAGCAUGUACAGACAGUACAAUCCACCACCUUCACAACCUGUAGCAAGAGCGAGCACACCAACUCCCGAAGAGGAACAAGACUUUCGCUAUACUCAAAUGUUGAGCUCAAUGGAAAUCCCCACAUUUGAGGAGACAUUGAAACCACUGAUGAGUGGUUAUUCAACGUAGCUAACAAGCUUCGCUGACUCAAAUGGUCCAAGAACUUGAAUUCAAAGAAGAACCCACAAACUUGUACAAACAAGUUUUGAUGCAGACAGAAGACACAUGGUUUACAUUAGCACUGUAUAUGUCAUACUUGUCAGGACCGGACUGUAAAUAACAGGAACUAGGAGAUUGUUUUUGGGGGGUCAUGCUUGAUGAAACCUAAGAAUUUCAUAAAAUGAUGCAGAUGUGACGAGGCCACUUGUACGUGUCCGUAAAAAUUGUUUUUGCUAGAGGAAAAUAGAAACUGUACUUGCUUGUACAUGUAGGGUUAAAGAACAGGAACCCUACAAGAUCAGGCAUAAUGACUUUCAAACUCAAGGGAAAAUCACAAGUUAGUGGUAAUGGUUAUUCAUAGGAAAUUAGCAUUUUUAUUAUAAGAUUUUAAAAUUGUUUAUACAUCCAGCAAGCAUGUAAAAGCUAUUUGGCACCAUUAAAUGAAGUUAGUACUAUUUUAUUGUAAAAGUACUCGAGUGAGAAGAUUUGAAUUCAAAUGUAUUUUUCGCUGCUGCUUAAAAAAUUAAUUUCUAAUUUAAGUAAGAAUUGAAUUUAUGGAAGUACAUGUAAGAUGUGUUGAAAAGUUAUUUUGAUACAGAGACUUCUGCAAUGGUGAAAAGGUACAGACUGUUAAGCUGCGCAAUUAAAAGUAAUGGAAACUUCCUGGCAUAAUCCAUUUCCUUAAUAAUGAGCUUUAAUAUAAUAAUUAAUAAUGUUGCAUAAAAUAUUUUCAUUGUAGUUAGUUCAUAAUUAUGUCAGGUCAAUGUCCAACUUGUUGCUAAUCUCAUUUUUGCCAACAACAUUUUGUACAAUCUCUGUUGUUUUAAUCAGUAAUUUAUUGUACCAUAAACCAUCAUACAUGCAGUAGAAGUGAGCCACACCUACUUUACAUACAUUUCAUUCAUUAUUAUAUUCCUCUUUUGUCCUUUCAAUUUUCCAGUUCUUUAUCACCUAAAUAGGUUAUACACAGUCAUGGUAAAGACACCAACAAAAAUAGCGCAUUGUCAAUUGACUGUAUUCCAGAAUAAGAAUAAAAGCGAUAAGCUUUAAAAGUCACUCAUUUUGGCAUUUAUUGCUUUGCAAUAGCUAGAAAUCUGCUUGCAAUAAAAUAUCCCAAUGUAUGUAGAGUUAAGUGGCCCAGAAUACAAUCAAACACACCCUUAAAGAGACGGCCUUAUAUCAUUAAAAAGUCUGGCUGUGGAAAAACCCUGCUAUUGUUGAAACUUUAUGUAAAUAUCAAGCACUUUUUCUUUUACUUCUGAUUCAUCAGCAUGCAUAGAAAAACAGCUUGUAUUUCUAACUUUUUUAUAGUUACUGUUUUGAGACUUGCAGGAUUAACAUCAGAUUAUUAAAAAAUAUUGAUAGUAUGGUUAUAUGAUAGUUUUUAAUAAAACAUUAUUAAUUGAGUGUUACAAGGCCUGAAUUCAUUUAUUUGUAAAUUUCUAGAUGAGGCUGGGGUUUCAAAAAAAUUGAGGUAGCCAGCAGGUUAAAAUACAUGCAGUAACCGACUGUAUCUCCAAGGGGCCAGUAGUCCACUUUUCCAGAGGUGUCUUGGGGCAUGCUCCCUCAGAAAAUUUUAAAAUUUCAAAGCGCUAAUAAGUGAUUUCUAGCAUUCAGGGGACUAGACUGAGUACAAAAGAGAAUGUUUUCCAUUCAAGAAAAUUUGCAUGGCUCAAAUUUGGCUAAAACUUCAAGUCAAAUUUUGAUCUAUCAGCCACACAAUCAACU